AUGUCCGAAGACAUCGAAACCAGCUUUCAAGCCGCCAUUGAUUCCGGCAAGAUCAAUGGCGCUGUUCUCUAUGCCACCGACGCCGAUGGCGACUUUGUGUAUAACAACGCCAUGGGCCAGCGCACUCUAUUAUCCGGAGAGAAACGCCUCCAGGAACUCGACGAUAUCUUGUUUCUAGCCUCGGCAACCAAGUUGAUUGCUACGAUCGCUGCCCUCCAGUGCGUCGAGGAUGGUCUCCUGUCUCUCACGGGAGAUCUGUCAUCCAUCGCACCUGAGCUGGCUGAGAAGCAAGUUCUCACAGGUUUCUCCGAAGAGGGAGAACCCAUCUUGGAACCAGCCGCUGGCCCUGUUACUCUCGAAAUGCUGCUCACACACAGCGCUGGUACUGCCUACGAUUUCCUGCAUCCUCUUAUCGGAAAGUGGCGUGAGAAGUUCUCACCUCCUGAGUCCGGCCGAAAGAAAACAGUCGAAGAGCUCUUCGUCUACCCCCUUGCACAUCAACCAGGAGGAUCCUGGAUGUACGGGCCUGGGCUGGACUGGGCAGGCCGCAUUGUGGAACGAGCGACGAAGCGCACUCUUUCUGAGCACGUCAACGAACGCAUCCUGGCUCCCCUUGGAUUGAAGAAAGACGCUCAGUUUUUUCCGGCUACCAGAGAAGACUUGCGCGAUCGUCUUGUCGAUCUGAACCCUGACGAUCCGGAGGGUCUUGGCCGUGCCGUGCUUGGUGGCGGUGGAGAGAUGAAUCUUCGAGGCAAGGGAGAUUUCGGAGGUCACGGCAUGUUCAUUCCUGGCAACUACUACAUCAAAAUUCUUCAAUCCUUGCUUGCCAACGACGGAAAGAUUCUCAAACCCGCUACCGUUGACGACAUGUUCCAGCAUCAUCUCUCUCCCGAAUCAACCGCUGGCCACCAGGCUGCACUGGCGGGCCCUGCAGGUAUCUUCUUCCGUUGCGGUGUUGACCCAGAGACGAAAAUGGGCUACGGACUGGGAGGUCUCUUGACUCUGGAGGAUGUUGAUGGAUGGUACGGUGCUCAUACACUUACCUGGGGAGGAGGUCUUACCCUUACUUGGUUCAUCGAUCGAAAGAAUGAUAUAUGUGGCGUUGGUGCUAUUCAGGCUGCCUUGGCUGGAGGGGUGGAUGGUAAGUUGGUGUCUGAUCUUAAGCAAGUGUUCCGCAAGGAUAUUUAUCGCAAGCGCGCCACAUGGAAGGGAAAGCAGUAG